GUGCAGUAGCAAGAAUACCCUCAACUAACCAUCAAAACUAUUUUUUUUCUUAGUCAGUAAACUUUAAAUGGAGCAAGAAGCAAAGAGAAAUGAUGGUAAUGAUGGAGGAAAAGAUGAAGAGAAAUUGGUUCAUGAUUCAUCAGUUGAUCAUAAGGGAAAAGUUCCUCUAAGAGCCUCAACAGGUGUAUGGAAAGCCUCUCUCUUUAUCAUAACAAUUGAGUUUAGUGAAAGGCUAAGCUACUUUGGAAUAUCAGCAAAUCUCAUUUCAUACCUAACCAAUGUGCUUCAUCAAGACCUGAAAACGGCUGCAAAGAAUGUAAACUACUGGACUGGAGUCACCACAGUAAUGCCUCUAGCUGGAGGGUUCGUAGCAGAUGCUUACUUGGGCCGGUUCACUAUGGUUCUGAUGUCAUCCCUCAUUUAUCUCAUGGGUUUGAGCCUCUUGACAAUGUCUGAAUUGGUCCCAGUUAUAAAGCCAUGCAAUUUAGGCAUGUGUCAAAAACCAAGGAAAAUUCAUGAAGUGCUUUUCUUUGUUGCAUUGUAUUGUAUCUCCCUUGGAACUGGAGGGCACAAGCCUUGCCUUGAGAGCUUUGGAGCAGAUCAGUUUGAGGAUGACCACUUGGAAGAAAGGAAGAAGAAGAUGUCUUACUUCAACUGGUGGAACGUUGCACUUUGUUGUGGACUUUUACUUGGUGUAACAGUCAUAGUUUAUGUUCAAGACAAAGUGAGCUGGGGUGUUGCAGACCUUAUCCUCACUAUAGUUAUGGCAGUUACAAUCUUAACUUUUUACAUGGGGAAGAUUUAUUAUCGAUACCAGUUACCCGAAGGGAGUCCUUUAACUCCAUUGCUGCAAGUUCUGGUUGCAGCAAUAAGGAAGAGAAAAUUGCCUUAUCCUUCGAGUCCUUCUCUACUAUAUGAAGCACCAAAGUUAAACUUGUCCCAAGGAAGGCUUCUAUGUCAUACAAGUAGACUUAGGUUUCUAGACAAAGCUGCAAUAGUUGAAGACAGUGAAAACAUUUCAACUGAGAAGACUCGUAAUCCUUGGAGACUAGCAACAGUAAAAAAAGUGGAGGAAAUGAAGCUUGUUUUAAGCAUGAUUCCCAUUUGGCUUACUUCUUUAGUAUUUGGAGUGUGCGUGGCACAAGCUGCAACUUUCUUUGUCAAACAAGCAGCUACCAUGGACCGAAAGAUCGGCAACAAAUUCGAUAUUCCACCAGCAUCUAUCUAUUCUCUCGCUGCAAUUGGAAUGAUGGUUUCAGUUAUUACGUAUGAGAAGAUUCUAAUUCCAUUCUUAAGGAAAGUUACUGGCAACGAAAGAGGCAUAAGCAUCCUUCAAAGGAUAGGUAUUGGGAUGAUAUUUUCCACUCUAUCCAUGGUUACAGCAGCUUGUGUUGAAAUGAAAAGGCUGAAAGCUGUUGAAAAGGAGAUCAUACAAGGGGGGAAAAAAGGGCCAUUGUCAAUGAGGGUGUUCUGGCUGGCUCCUCAAUACAUAAUCCAUGGCUUGGGAGAUGGUUUUGCUUUAGUUGGUUUGCAAGAGUAUUUCUAUGAUCAAGUUCCUGAUUCAAUGAGAAGCUUAGGAGUAGCCUUUUAUCUCAGUGUGAUUGGUGUUGGAAGCUUCUUAAGCAGCUUCUUGAUCAUAAUUGUGGAUCACAUCACAAUAAAGGAUGGCAAAAGUUGGAUUGGCAAGGAUUUGAAUAUGAGUCGUUUGGACAAUUUUUAUUGGAUGUUAGCAGCCUUAAUUGUACUAAAUUUAGGUGCUUAUGUAUUCUUGGCAAGGAGGUAUUCUUACAAAAAUGUAGAAAGAGGGGUUCUUGUGAGUCAUUGCCCUGAAAGUGAUGGGGCAGAGACAGUUUUGUAAAUUUUUUUAUAGUAUUUUAUCUAACUCUAAUCCAACCAAGUGAUUCCAUUGGCCUAAAC